AUGAUAAAAAUAUCAGCAUUAAACGAGGAGUCGAGCGAGGAAAGCGAGGAGGAGGAUGUACCGACGAUCACGAAGGAGGCGCAGGAACAAAUAGCGCUGACAGAAUACAAUAAAGCCUUAGAGUUUUUGAAGGAGAAUAAGCGAGAGGAAGCGCUGGUUAUUUUUAAGGAUCUCUUAGAGACUGAAUUGUUAGACGAGGUAGAGAAGCCCGAGGUACCGGAUGGUAGAUCGAGACCAAUGUUAUCCUUGAAAUAUUCCUGUUUCAAGAACAUUGGUGCCAUUCAAGCAGCUUGCGAAAAUUACGAGGACGCUGUGGAAAAUUAUUGGGAGGCUGCGAAUCUGGAUGAUUCCGAUGUGACAUUGUGGUAUCGGAUUGGCACAUUGGCCAUGAAGAUUUCUAACUUAGAAUUAGCCUGUUCAUCCUUCAAGCAAGGCUUAAAAUGCAAUUCCAAUCAUUGGCCAUGCUUGGACAAUUUAAUAACUGCCUUAUACGCCGUUCCUGAUUACAUGAACUGUCUAUUAUAUAUUUCUAUAGCAUUGGAGAAGGAUCCUAACUACGUGAAGGGUCUGGCUUUUCGUGAUAGGAUAUUUAAAGAUAUUCCAUGCAUGGAAGAAUGUUACAAGCUAUACAAUAGUGAUUGGCAGUUGGAUCCACCUCUAUACAAAGAGUAUGAUCAUAUGUUAGGUGACAAAUUAUUGGCGGAAGCGAAAGAGGUGUCUGCAAAGUGGGCAGAAGUUUGUAAAGCAGAGUUCACACCAAAACCAUUGCCAGAAUUGGCUUUAAGGAUGCCUUUAACAAAUUACACGUGGCUAUCUCUCGGAGAAAGCUUGUUAGACAUGCAUAGGUGCAUUACUGAAAAUGAUUUUAAUUUUGUCAGUAGAAUCGUACUAUCAAUACGAAAGCCUGACGAUCAGACUGCAGCAGCGACUAACGAGUGUGAGAUUGAGGACAACGUUAUGGAAAUAGAACAGCAGAAUCUACAGCAGGAUCCAGUUUCAAACAGAGUAAAUGAUAUUAGUAAAUCCGUGAAAAUUGAGACAGAGGAUUGCGAGAUGUCUGAUGACAAUCAGGCAUUCAAUAUAACUUCCGAUAUCAUGAUGGAAGUCGAAAUGGAGGAUGACAAAAAAUCUUGUUCAACCGACGUGCAAAUAAUCGAGGACGAAGAUCAGUUGAGGAUGUCUGAUACCGACGGGGUACAAUGCGAGGAACAAACUGAAACAAAGAACGUCGAGUCCGAGAUGCAUUCGGAAGCGGACACGAAUGCCGACAAGUUGGAGAGUGAUAAGGUUGCAGAUGACAUUUGUAGCAUGGAUAAUGGAGCACCCAAUGAAAAAUCCAGCGACAAAGAGAGUGACAAAUCGAGUGACAAGACCUCUGAGAAAGGUGCCGAAAAAACGAGCGAUGCGACAAAUAAGACGGAUGAUAAACCUCAUUCUGAAAAAAGUGAUGGCAAAGAAGAGGGACAGAAGAUCAAGAAGAGGCGCAGGAGUGCAUUAUGCUUCUUACAGCAGUGGGCCUGGAGCUGCAGCAGCAGCAUGAGACGAUCCGCAAGGGUUAGAGGUACUAACAGGAGGGAAGCAGAGAGGGAUGAUGUUCAGUUAGAAGAAACGCUUAGAAGAUUGUUUCCUAGUACUCUGUUACCUGAUACAAUAAGAUUGACUAAAGAUGAUGUUACAAAAAAUAUCGACGAUUCUAUGGACACCAUGGACAUGUAUCAGCUAUUUGCAAAUCAAGAGAAUAACAGUAACAACAUGGAGACUCUUAAAAGUUCGGAAAGUUCCAAGUCACCCAGUCCCGAUACAAAUCAGCAACAGAAAUAUUUUGGGACAGAAGCAGAAACCACUGAUGUGGAUGCAUUUAUAAACCAGUACAGUAGCAAAAGCAAUUUAAUGAUAAUUAUCGCAAAAUUUGUAGAAUUUUUAUCUACUAAAUGGAACCAGGAAUGGCCGAAAGGAAUAUCGGAAAUUUAUAUACAAGCUUACAUUUUUAUGAGGCAACAUAUUCCACAUCUAUCACCAUUUGAUGAUGAUGUCGAUGAUAAAGUUCUAAAAUUAGAUGCAGAAAUGACAUUAUUAUUUGGUGAGCUUCAUACAGAUAGAUGGCUAGAUAAUAAACCAGAUGGUAAACAAACUUCGCCCAGCCCAACGCUAGACAAACUUGGCACUGGGAUACCAGCAGAAGAGUUGGGACAUAUAAUAUUUACAAGCGUUAGGCAGGAUCUCUUAAAUGAGGACAAUUUGUACAUUUUAUUAAGAAUUUUGUGGCUCAAAGCUAACAUCUUUUUGUGCCAAGGUGAUGUAGACAUUGUCAUCGAGACAUUAGAGCUGUUAUUGAGUCGUCUACAGGAAAUGGAGAAUAAAAGCUUAAAUCCAUGUGUCAUGCUACCAAAUUGUAAGAUUAAUUCUCAAAUCAAUGUCAAGCUCGUAAAAAAAAGGCUUACGUCGAUUCAGAGGGGUCAAAAGUUAGGUGAAAUCCAACAUCUGUACGAUGAAAAGAAAUAUGCAGAAUUGUCCUAUAUACUGCAAGAUACUUUUAAAUUUGCCAAACAGAGGCACAAAUUGUUAGUGACUAAUGAAAACAUUGUUGACAGAGUGCGUCAAUUAACCAUGUUACUUGAUAGCUUAUGGAAACUUCAACAAUACGAGGAAUGUUACGUCUGGGCAGAAGCUUGUCUCAAUGAGUCAUGGCAAAACUACUUGAAUUCCUCUGAUGAAGCAGAGCAGAAGAAGUGGACGAGUUCCGUUGUAAUGACGCUCGACAAAUUAGAGGUUUGCACGAACGAAGUUAGCGUAUUUAUUGUGAAAUAUCUACCGGAACCUCGUCUAACGAGAUUGGUGCAGAAUUUAGUUCAUAUCGUUUGUCAUCAAUUGGACGUACCGGAGAAUGCUGUAGAGAUGCCACUAGAGACUGUUCUACCGUGGAUUUUAUUACACUAUAUUCUACAAUAUGAAGAAGAUAAGGAGAGAGCAAAAACUGAAUCCCAUUACAAAAAUCGAUCGCAUAGCUCUCACAAUUCCGAGUCAGACGACGAGGAUGAUGGCAUCCCACCAUCCAUCAUGAUUCUGUUUACUGCCCACGAGUUUAUCGGUAGACAUUCUUGGUGCUGUUUCAAUGAGGCGAAACUCCUGUUCUUUACCAUGAAUCUUAUCAUACCGCAACUUGAGACUCCUCAGUACGCUUCUAUCAAGAACAAGCUCACGAAAUAUCUCGAACAGAUAUUCUUCUGUCUGUACAGUCAUCCGAAUCGGGUGAAUAAAACGCGGCCGAAGCAUCUUCAGGAUCACGGGGUGCCGCAGAUGGAAUUAACUUGGGAAGGGGCACAAUUGCUGUUCGACUUUUACAAACCGAAGCAGUUGCCAAAUUUCCAAUCUCCCAGAAUUCUUUCUGUCAGCAUGGACACGGAAAUGUUGUUCAAGAGAGUAAUACGAUUGGUUCCGCAAGAGAGCGAUCCGAACCAGAUAGUGGACGAGAUGACGGCGUACAUAAUCGGUGCGAGGGAAAAGAUGCCGAGUGUGACGAAGCCGCUGCCGCAUUCGAUAUCUACCAUUUACUACUUGCUGGGCGAUUUUUAUUUUAAGAAUAACAAGUGGGAACACGCGUGUCGAUAUUAUCUGCUGGAUCUCUGCCUUUACCCGAGGGGAUUAAAUUCGUGGACAGGUUUAGCUAUGGCAACAGGCAGCAUUGCAGAAAAUUGGUUGAACAGUUAUAGACCUAUCGGAAAAGAUAAAUUCCUUAAUAAAGCAAAACUGGCACAGUCGAGUUAUCAACAUGCUAUCGAGUUGGCGCCUGGUCAUUCUGUAAUUUGGACGGAAUAUGGAAAUUUCGUUUACAUGGUUCAUUCAUUUUGUUCGCGACUGCUCAAACAAGAGACCGACACGUUAAGCAUGGAGAGAUUCGAAAUUUUGGAAACCAGGAAAGAGGAGAUGCUGCAGAUUGCGGAUCAGUGCUUCGAAUCGGCUAAUCGAAUAUGCCAGACUAUCGAGGAACCGUCUAUACAGCACGAUGAGAGAUGGCUUUAUCAAUAUAUGCUUGGUAAAGUUGCGGAAAAGAAGAAUCAAGAUCCUCCUGUAUUCUUGGAACAUUAUGCUAAGGCUAGUGAAUUAUUAUACGAGAAUAACGCUCAAUAUCCACGUAGAAUAAGUCACAAGAGUCCACAGAAUUUAGCUAUAGAGGCACUAGAGGUUCACUAUCGCAUUCAUGCGAGUAUAUUAAAGUAUUUGGAGCAACAUGAGGGAAAACCAUUGAAGAAAUCAUUGGGCCAAUUGUUUCAUUGGCAUCUUAAAAAUUGCUCCGAAGGCCCUUUCAUGAAGUAUCAGUCUAAACUUAACGAAGAGAAGAAAAAAGAAGAAAACGUCGAUACGGAAAAAUGCACGUCCAAGGAACUUGAUGGCGCAAUGGACGUGGAUAAAAAUAUUAUGGCGAUAUGUCAACGCUCAAAUAGUAUCGAAGAAAUAGAGAUCGUAGAUAAAUCAAGCAAGGCUUCGGACGUUAAAUGUACGGAGCCAGGGAAAGCGGAAAGUCGCAAGAGAUAUCCCGAUGAAUUAUCGUACGACAAUACAAAGAGAAUAAAAUUAAGUAACGUUUCGCAUUUACAAUUAAUGCAAGACGUUGUAGCUUUAAUAGAUGACUUAAUUACUAAAGUUUGCGACAUGGUAUCGCAAAAGGAGAAAAUAAACGAUGACGUGAUGAUCGUAUCCAGUGACGAGAGUAACGAAUCAAGAUUACAGAAGAAGAAGCUAGAGAACAAGGGUAUUGACAAAGUAAAGCCGCAAACAAAAGUGGAAGAGAGCAAGAAAGCUUCGAUGAACAUAUUGACGGUUGAUGCCGAACGGAAGACCGACAAUGUGCAGGAUUUAAUGGAUGCUCUCAUGAAACAGGCAAUGGAAAUUAGCCAAGAGACUCAACAGUCAUCGGCCGAUGACGAGGAUACCAGAAAAUUUGAGGGCAAAUGGUUGCAAAACGAAGAUUUGCAAUCUACCGAGAAAGAUAAUAAGGAUAAGAUGGGAGAGAAAAGAAAAGCACAAACCAGUGCAAAUGAAGAGAUGACUUUAAGCAGACGGGGUUCUCAAGAGAGCACGACAACUACGCAAACUACAACCACAACUACGGAGACAAAUAAUUCAAGUUCUAGCAGUAGCGAGGAAUCCAGCAGCAGCGAUGACAGUUCUGAUAGUGACAGCUCUAGCGACAGUGACAGCGAAUCCGCCGACAGCGACGCGGAUAAGAAGAAAAAGACUUCCGAUGGCGCAGACGGUGAGCAGCAAAUGCCGGAAGAAGAAGUGGCAACGCUAAUUGCAUAUUGUUUAGCUGGUUUGGAACAGUGCAUAUUAAGAUUCGCGGAACAUCACAAGUCUUUUUAUAGACUCUCACAUUUUUACUUUAAUAACAAGAAGGCGAAAGAUACCGUAAAAUGCAAGGAUCUUUUAUUACGGACAUAUAGUUGCAAAUUCUAUCCUGGACAAAGUUUUCAAGGGCUUUUCGCUGAGAGGAGAAGUACUAAUUUUUUUAAUGGAGUGUGGCACAUACCAGUAAAUGAAAUUGACAGACCUGGAAGUUUUGCCUCACACAUGUCGAAAUGCGUGACAUUGCUUAUGCAAGUGUUAAAAGAGAGUAACGAUAGUAGAAUGUUAAUGCAAUUGUGCAUACAGCUUGGGAAGAUUCCGGAUUCAGAUAAAAAAUACUUACGUGAUUCCGAAAGAGAACAGUUAUCCCGACAAGCUCUGACACUGUGCCAGCAAUCUCUCAGAAGCAGGGUUCAAGCGAUGGGUUCAGCAAGCAUGAUCGACAGCGUUCACCUUAUAAGAACAGACGCCAGAACGCAAGUGCUUCUUGAUGUAUACGAAACGUAUCAGCUUGUUCAGAAAAACUUCCAGGGUAAAGAAUCGACGAUACAAACGUUCGCAACAUUAUUGACGGACACGUACAAAAUGUAUAUUGGAAAUAAAAACUUGGAAGGAAAUAUCUUAGAGAUCGCUAUUAAAUGUUGUCAACGGCAAAUACAAGCAAAUAAAAUUGCAUCGAUCAGCAGUAGCAAUAGUUGUCACAUGCAAGCACAAGUCGCCUCUACUAUUUCGGCACCCACACCGCAAGUACCGGUGAACUCAACGUCUCCGCAAGCUUCGCAGAAUCGGAAACCUCAUAAAAAUGUAACGACCAUGGGACGGCCAAGAGGGCGUCCACCAAAUAUUAACAAAUACUUGCCACAUACCUUACAACAGGGUGGUAAUAUGAUGAAUCAGUUUAGCAAGGGUAAUUUUGCGAGUUACUUGAAUACGUCCGGUCCGAAUCGCUCUAUGAUGAACCCUUACUUCAUAAAUCCCAUAGCCGAUGCAAACAUGUUGUCGGCUAUACUGACCAGCGGGCUAGGUAGCAAUAUGAUGGAUCCUAUCUCCGCUAUGAGUUACUUAAAUCAAAUGGGAAGCUACCAGAACAUUUUUAGACAAUAUCAAAGUAACUUUUCAUUGAGUAAUCUCACUGGUGGUUUAAGUAAUUCUGGCACCACCAUGACCGGCAUCAAUAGUAUCUCGACAAUGAGUACAUCCAGCUCCAACGUUAGCGCUUCGAACAAUAUCGGUAAUUUAGGUGCUUUGAAUAACAUGACGGUGAAGCAAUUGUUGAACCUAAGUAACUCCACGGCGUCAACCUCGCGACCCACGCCCAUGUAUCAUCAAACGGCGAACAAGACGAGCAGCUCGACCAUGUCGAUGACGAAGGAUCGACCCAACAUAUCCAUAACACCAGUGACUACUUCGAUGAGCCAGCAACCUCAUCACAAGACGAAGCUCAGUAAACAGCCGAACUCGCAGACCGAAUCGACGUUACCCGUUCACAUCCCCAAAUCGCUCCAAAUAUCGCCAACGAAGCCGGUGUUACAUUCAACGCCCAGCACGGCGGCGCAAGUGUCUCUGCUCAAGCCAUCCGUUAUUCAGCAAGUGAAGACCAGCCCACCGAAGCAGAUGAAUGUACCACCACAGAUACGCGUUUCGAAAUCACUGACCGAGCCACAACCCGCGCACAAUCCCGCGUUGUCGCAUUCACCGUUGAAAACCAGUGGUAGUAGCGCCGCAAAUCCAACCAGCAUACCGCAGAUCGCUCAUACGUCUAUCGGCGCCCCAGUGGCCAUGAAGCAGCAGCAGACCCUGCCUAUGAGCUUGCCUAGCGUAUCGCGAUCUGGAACAUCGUUGCAGCACAAGCUGCUCUCGAAGAAGAAUUCUCAGCGACCUUAUUCGCAUGCGAACGUGCAGAGUCAUUCCAUGAGAAAAGCAAAGGCAACGGGCAAAACAGCGGCGAUACCGGUAUCGAUGUCUGGUAACUUUCCAACGAACCUACUGAACGCGAUACCAUCGGGCAACUCGGGUACGAUGUCGCAACCGCCUUUUAUACCGCCAGAGUUGAGCGGCAUCUCGGUAAGCGCGGUUGGCCCGCAGUCUGGUACUAUCAAGAGCGCCGCUGCGAGCACCAAAUAUCACAAUUACAAGAAAUCUAUCAGUAAGCCGAAACCGACGGCAACAGCGGCGACGGCAGCGAUCGACAUGCCGUCAAGCUCGCUUGCCGCUUCGUUCCCGCAAAGCAACUCGGUUGAGGCGCUCUCGAUGCUCUCACAAUUGCAACAACAUUCUCACUUGGAGAUAAUACCGCAGCAAAAGGCGCCUUUGAAGCCCAAUAUAGAUUAUUCGAAAAGUUUGUCGUCCUCCGUGAACGUAAUGCCGCAAAAGGUUUCGGAGACUUUAAGGUCCUCGACGGCCACCGAAUGUAUGCCUAUGUACGACAUGUCGAGGAAUAAGCCCGCUAAUAUUCCUAGUAAGAAAGCACAGGAAAAACUCGCUAACGACAGCGUCGAAAUUAUUACGUUGGAUGAUUAGGAGCAACGAGACAUGGGCUCUUAAUCUUUCACCGUUUAACCGUUUCACGUUUGUAAAACAUUAAUAAUUACUUACCAUCUACGCGCAAUGUGGUGGUGCAAUUUUCUUCCAAAGAAAACUCGAGAAGUAAUCGGUUCGAUAAGAUUGGAUCCUUAAUUGAUUUUUUCUGAUGGAAUAGAAUUACAUACAACGUUCUUUCAAUGAGAAAACAUUAUAUAAGGUUGCUCUCAUACGUUAGCCCUUUGUAUAUUAUGUGUGUCUUACAUGUGUACAAAUUCAUCGUUUCGUGAUAUUAAAUUAAAACAUAAAAAUCGUUUGUAUGAGAUUAUCCAGAAGGUAUCGACACAGCGAGUUAAUACAACUAAUUUAUACGACCUUUAUCUUUAGAUCUAUAUUAUAUUAAUACAGUAGAUAUUAAUAUGCUUAUGCGCCAGAAAAGUAUUUUGAUUUUUGUACAUAUAAACUUUAUCCCUCUCUCUUUUUAAUGUAAAAACGUUUUUGACUGCGAUAUGAAAAUAAAAUUGGACUUUUCAUUUGACAUCCUAAGUAAUUAUAUUUAAUUAUAAGUAUAUCAACAAGCACUUUUUUAUGUGAAUAGAGAAAAAGAUAUAUAUUCUGAGAAACGUACAUAAUAUGAUAUGACAUGAAACCUAAAAAGAUUGUUCCCUUUUCUUAUAAUUAUAUUAUUAUGAUAAUUAUAUUCAAUUAUAUCUAGCACUUUCAUGAGUAGAGAACAAGAUGUAUAUCCUGAGAAACAUAAUACGAUAUGAUAUGAAACUUGUUGAAAAGAAGGCUUUUUCCUCCUUUUGUUAUAAUUUUAUGAUUUUUAAAAGAAUAUGAAUAAUGAAAUUAUAAAUUACAAUUCUAAUGAUCGUCAUGAAAUAUCGAUAUUCGAUAUCGAAUAUUUAAAAAACUUCGUCAUAUGUCAUAAUAAAGUAUGGAUUACAUAUACAUCCUUCAUUGAUUAAAAGUAUGCUUCAAUUAUUUUAUCAUAGAUCAUUAUAGGUAGAGAUAGAACGAACUAUAUAUUUUUUUCUCAGUAAUUCUAUUAAAACUUUUUUGCACAAGCAAAUGUUAUUUUUCUACCUACAUUACAUGUACAUUCGAUAAAGAUGAGAUUCUUUUCUACGUGUACGAUAAUCAAAUAUAAUUAAAUUCAGUGAACAUUUUCUAAAAACAAUUUGUAAUUAAUCUCUUGCAUUAAAGGAGUAUUUAAAACCAAA